AUGAACAAGAUGGCCUGCUUCACUCGAACAUCAUCGACAUGCGGGACUCUGCUUCUCCUAUUCGGGUGGUUGAUCGAGCUGUCACUCGCCCAGUUCGACCCUAUCAAGGACUUCUGUAGACGAUUCGGACAUCAGUCGGCGGUGGUGGAUGACAAGCUUUAUGUGGACGGAGGUAUCGUCAACUGGAAGCCAUACUCGGAGACGUCAGCCAACAUUAGCAACCAAUUUCUCCUCUACAGCGACCUCAAACAUGAGACGGAAGGAAUGCCCAAUGUCUACGCCAAUCUGUCAAAGAACGCAACCAUCCCCAGCGUCAGCUUCGGCAUCCUAUGGGAGGACUCAGUCAACAAGUGGCUCUACUCCUACGGCGGAGAGUCUCAGUCAUCAGCUCGCAACUUCAUCCUCUACGGGUACGACAUCCUCAACAACUACUGGACUUCCUUCGGUCCACCAUCUAGUAGCGGAACCAUUACCCCCUUGAGUCACGGAGGAGGUGUCUCCAUCUCCGAGCGCGGUGAAGCGUUCUACUACGGUGGAUGGUUCAGCGAGAACUCUGUGCCGGGAUGGUCAGGCACUAGACGGGCAUCGGACCGGCUGAUCAAGUACGACAUGGACAAGCGCGAGUUCAGCAACCUUACAGGACCAGAUAGCAUACGAAGAGCCGAAGGGACCAUGAUAUAUCUCCCCAUUAGUGAUGGAGGGAUGUUGGCCUACUUUGGCGGUGUUCGGGACAACGGAAACGGGACUGCGUCGCCGCAGCCGCUGGAUACCAUCUACAUGUACGAUUUGGCGAACACCAAGUGGUACACGCAAAAGACCUCUGGGAGAGCGCCGGAGGAUAGGCGGUUAUUCUGCGGAGGAGCGGCUGUGGCGCAGGAUCAAUCUUCCUACAAUAUCUACAUCUACGGCGGCGCCUCCUUCGGCUCCAACCCCAUCGGCUACGACGACAUCUACGUAUUAUCAAUUCCCUCCUUCACCUGGAUCCGCAGCCUCUACCCCUCCAACUCCAACAUAACCGGCGAAUUCCCCAAAGCCAUGUCCUCGUGUAACGUGAUCAACAACGCGCAAAUGCUCGUCAUCGGCGGCCGCGCCCUCAACGACACCUCCUCCUGCGACGCCGACUCAGUCAUCGGUCAACACAACAUGGUUUUGGGGAAAGAUAACCCCGAAAAAGCCAUCUGGGCGCGUUUCCAGCCAAAUCUAACUUCCUACACCUUACCACCCGACAUCGUCACCGUCGUGGGCGGGAAUCCCACGGGGGGGAGCAACAGUCACUGCACCAAAAACGGGCCGAAAAAGGGUCUAAGCACAGGCGCGAUAGCAGGGAUAGCAGUCGGCGCAGCGGUAGUCGGUAUCGCUGUCCUUGCCGGGCUAUGCUUCUUCUGUAUCCGUCGCAAACAGAAACACUAUAAACAACCCCGCGUCGGUGCGCCCGUCACAGGAAGUAAUCCUGCAAGCCCAAUGACGCAACAACCACCUGGAUCAAGCUGGGCUGAUGGGCCUCGUGGCGCAACUAUUUCUAGUCCGACGUUUUCACAGGCGCCGACUUAUAACACCCAGGGGCAGGCUACUGAGCUACAGAGUUCACCGCCGACGAGCGGACACGGACAUGGAUACAGGGGAGUCACGCUGGCGCCGCCUGUGGAGUUACCCGGUGCGGAAGCUGGUGAGGGACGUGGACAUGGUCAUGAAGGGAAGACCAAAGGGACGGGGUUGAUGGGAGGGAUUGGGAGUCAGGAGAUGCCUGCUAAAAGCGUCGGUACGCCCACUGGAACCGGGACCGGGUACGGCUAUGAGCAUGCUAGGUCUCCGUCAGACUUGGGCCCGGGGGACCGGGAGGGAGACGACGUCAUCUCUAGAGGAGGGGUGUCGCCUUCGCUGCCUAGUCCCAAUACUUCUUAUACUGGGACUGGGACUGGGACGCAGGAUAGUAGUGGGAGGUUUGCUAGUGGGGGGUAUGGAGGUGGUGGGAAUGGGAAUGGGAAUGGAGGGUUGCCGCCGUAUUCUGCGAGUGGGAAUGGGGCGUAUGGUCUUGGAGGGCAAGGAGGGGGAAGGUUUGAUGAGGACUUUGGACAUGGGGGGGCUUAUAGGAGGUGA